AUGUGCACGCAAGCCCCACAGUCAAAGUCAAAGAAAGGCGGCAAGGCCUCGCAGUCGUACGCCUCGGAGGGUGUCGAAGACUACGACGUCUUCCUCCUCCCGGUCUCGGACUAUCAGAUCGUUUUUGGCAUCACCAUACUCGCUGCUGUCGUAAGGAUGUUCCGCAUCUACCAGCCCACCAGCGUUGUCUUUGACGAAGUACAUUUCGGCGGCUUCGCGACCAAGUACAUCAAGGGCAAGUUCUUUAUGGACGUGCACCCACCUCUCGCCAAGAUGUUGAUUGCCCUCACGGGCUGGCUCGCUGGCUUCAAGGGUGAUUUCGACUUCAAGGAGAUUGGCAAGGAUUACCUCGAGCCCGGUGUCCCUUACGUUGCUAUGCGCAUGUUCCCUGCUAUCUGCGGCACACUUUUGGCACCUACCAUGUUCCUGACCCUCAAGGCUACCGGCUGUCGGACCAUGACUGCUGUUCUCGGCGCUCUCUUCAUCAUCUUUGAGAAUGGUCUCCUCACCCAAGCCCGCCUCAUUCUUCUCGACUCGCCCCUAGUUCUUGCGACUGGCUUUGCCGCCAUGGCCUUUUCUUCCUUCUGCAACCAGCACGAACAGGGCCCUUCAAAGGCUUUCCAGCUCAGCUGGUGGUUCUGGCUCGCCAUGUCUGGUCUCGGCCUCGGCAUCACCGUCAGCAUCAAGUGGACUGGUCUCUUCACCAUCGCCUGGGUCGGUAGCUUGACCCUACUCCAGCUCUGGCUCCUUCUCGGCGAUACCAAAACCGUCACUGUCCGCCUUUGGUUCAAGCACCUCUUCGCCCGUGCCCUCUGCCUUAUCGUCAUUCCGCUCGCGUUUUACAUGGCCAUGUUCGCCAUCCACUUCCAGAUCCUCCGAAACCCCGGCGAUGGUGACGGUUUCAUGAGUUCCGAGUUUCAAUCGACGCUUAACUCUAAGGGCAUGCACGAUGUUGCCGCGGACGUUUACUUUGGUAGCCGCGUCACUCUACGUCACGUCAACACCCAGGGCGGUUACCUCCACUCCCACCCCUCAUGUAUCCCACGGAACGGUGCUGUCCUUCGUCUCUACCACACCAACACCCAUCGUCGUCUUCAUUCUCACGAUGUCCGUCCUCCCGUCACCGAGGCCGACUGGCAGAAUGAGGUUUCUGCCUAUGGAUAUGAAGGCUUUGAGGGAGAUGCCAACGACUACUUCCGUGUCGAGAUCGUCAAGUCCAAGUCCACUGGUGCCCUGGCCAAGGAGCGCGUCCGCGCCGUCCAGACUAAGUUCAAGCUCGUUCACGUCAUGACGGGUUGCGUCCUCUUCUCUCACAAGGUCAAGCUUCCUGAGUGGGCCUCUGAGCAGCAGGAGGUCACCUGUGCCCGCGGUGGCACUCUCCCCAACUCUCUCUGGCCCGGUUUCCUUGGCAAGUUCAUCGAGCUCCACAAGGUCAUGUGGAGGACUAAUGCUGGCCUCACCGACUCCCACGCCUGGGACUCCCGCCCCGAGUCGUGGCCCAUCCUCCGCCGUGGUAUCAACUUCUGGGGCCGCAAUCACCGCCAAGUCUACCUCAUGGGCAACCCUGUCGUUUGGUAUACUUCGACUCUCGCUAUCGUUGUCUACGUCCUCUUCAAAGGUUUCGCCGUCCUCCGCUGGCAGCGCAGUUGCGGCGAUUACGAGCACGUGCUCUUCAAGCGCUUUGAUUACGAGAUUGGCAGUUCCGUUCUCGGCUGGGCGUUCCACUAUUUCCCCUUCUUCCUCAUGAAGCGCCAGCUGUUCCUUCACCACUACUUCCCUGCCUUGUUCUUUGGUAUCCUAGCCUUUUGCCAGACCUUCGAUUUUGUCACCGCCCGCGCUAUUGUCGGUGCCUCUCGCCCUGGAGCUAAUAACGCCGCCUUCAACAAGGGGGCUGCCGUGUUCUUCCUUGUUCUUUCCGCUAUCGCCUUCGGCUUGUUUUCGCCCCUCGCCUAUGGCAACACGUGGACCAAGUCGGAGUGCAAGCGCGUCAAGCUCUUCACCACAUGGGACUUUGACUGCAACACUUUCCUCGAGGAUUAUGAUGGUUACAAGAACCUUCCCUCUACUAGCGCUAGCUCUGCUCAGCAGACUUCGGCUAAGGGUGGAAAGUCGAAGGGCAAGGGUAAGAAGAAGGCCGUCGCUCCUGUCGUUCCCGCUGAGGAGAUUGCCGACGCUGCCGAGGCCGCCAUCAGCGGUGCGCCUCCCGUAGUGGCCGGUCAGAAGGUCCUCGACCAAGAGGAGCACGUGGAGUAUCGCGAUCAGGACGGCAACCUCCUGGAUAUUGAGCAGGUAAAGGCGCUUGAGGGAAAGGUCGAGUUUAAGACCCGAUAUGAGACGCGUACGCGCCUCGUCGACGAAGCCGGCAACGAGGUCGUCAUUGGCGAGAAUGGCGAGCCGAUCGUGGAUGCCGUCGCCCCUCCUCACCCCGACGACGUGCCUAGCAAGGAUGGCGAGGCUGAGGCCAAGGCCAGCUCCGCCAAACCUGCCAGCGAGGGCGGUAAUGAGGCUACAGGCCAAGAAAAGGCUGUAGCACAGGAGGACGAGCCUGUGGUUGACGAGGCGUCAGCGGCCGCUGAACCCGUCCCGGCGGAGCAGGACAAGGUCGCGGACAAGCCCGCUGCUUAA